GUGAGUGAGGAGUGAGGAGUUAGACAGUGGAGGGACUUUGCUGCAGGGCGCCGGUCGUCGUCAUGAGGGAGAGGAGGACUCCGCAGCCGGUGGUGGCCCGGUGCAAGCUGGUCCUGGUGGGCGACGUCCACUGUGGCAAGACGGCCAUGCUGCAGGUGCUGGCCAAGGACUGCUACCCGGAGACCUACGUGCCCACGGUGUUUGAAAACUACACAGCUUGCCUGGAGACGGAGGAGCAACGUGUGGAGCUCAGUCUGUGGGACACGUCAGGCUCCCCUUAUUAUGACAAUGUGCGCCCCCUCUGCUACAGUGAUUCAGAUGCUGUCCUACUCUGCUUUGAUGUCAGCCGCCCUGAGACCAUGGACAGUGCACUGAAGAAGUGGAAAACAGAAAUCUUGGACUACUGUCCCAGCACCCGCGUAUUGCUGAUUGGUUGCAAGAUAGAUCUGCGCACAGACUUCAGCACCCUGAUGGAACUAUCCCACCAAAAGCAAGCUCCUGUCUCGUAUGAACAGGGUUGUGCUGUUGCCAAGCAGCUUGGAGCAGAAACCUAUCUGGAGUGUUCAGCCUUUACAUCAGAGAAGAGUGUGCACAGCAUCUUCCGGACAGCGGCAUCCAUCUGCCUCAGCAAGCCUGGACCCCAAACCCCCAAAAGCCCAGCCCGGAGCUUUCCCAAGAGACUCCUCCGCUUGCCCAGCCGAUCUGAGCUCAUCUCCUCCACUUUCAAAAAGGAAAAAGCAAAAAGUUGCUCCGUCAUGUGAAGUGGCCACCCACUUCUGGGAGCAGAGGGUGGUGGUGGAACCAGUGUGGACACUGGACCCUCCAGUUGGCCCUUCUGGGGUGGGAUUGGGGGGCUGCUUAGUUCCUGUGGGCCAGGCCCUAGAGGAUCCAGAAGGGUCCAGUUUCCCCCACUCUCCCUGGCUUGAGCAGGCGUAUCAUCCCUUCCGCAUUGCAAUGCUUCCCAACAUGCAGCCGCAGUGUGCGCUUCCAGGCUUAGGCCUGAGGGGGGAUUGGCUGGACUGCAAGAGUGAAGGUUGGCCCAAGACCUGCCCUGUUCUGGAAGGCCUUUGGGGCUAGGUAUAGCAACAACUUGGACAGUGGUGGCUCCUCCGUUUACUUGAAACAAAAUUGUUCCCCCAUGCACAAACACUCUCUGAUGCACAGUUAAUAAUAAUCUCAUUGGGCCCUGAUCAUCUUCUUCAUCUGCUGCUUGUCUCGUUGCCUGUUGGGAGCAGGCUGAUUGCAGACACCUCUCCUUUCUCCCCCCAUUCCUCCCCCCCCCAUCACCCCAUAUCCUCCCCUUUACUGUCCCUCCUCCCUCUAGGACUGAGGUGUCUGGGCAUCCUCUGCUUCUCCCUCAGGAGGUGAAAAAUAGGGAAGGGAGGAGAGAGGGAAGUGACUGUUUUAUAGACAUUAUCUCUGUUUGUGGGAAGGAAAGGAAAUGGGGAGGGGGGUUCUGUUAAAUGUUUGGUGUUAUUAAAAGAGAUCUUAUUUAUUAAUGAAAAUAUAAUGCAGAGUAACAACUUGGUUCCAAGAACUUUUCUUAUUUGUGGGAGGAACUCUUUUGGUUUUUCCCCUAUGGGAAGGAAAUUGUGGAAGGGGAGGGGUUGCCUUGCGCACUCCACACAAGGGUGCACCCUUGAUUUCUUCAUUUCUCAUCACUUCCAGACCUGAUGCCCACAAUAUCUAGCACAUUGAUUCUUAGCCUUUGCUUGGGUCACUUUAAGCAUCUGAUGAAAGCUGUGGUUCCCCUCCCAGGGGAAAAAAUAAUGCAACAGCCUUACAAUUUUGAAAGUGACAGAAGAAAUCAAAAGAUAUUUAGGCAUAUAUCCAGUUCAUGGAUUUCCCCAGAGGCCCAUGAGUCACAAGCUGAGAACCCCUGCUCUAGCGAUAUUGGGAAGGGCUCUAAUUUGGUAGAUGUACACCUACUCUGCAUGCAAAGGGCUCAGGAUUAAUUCAUUAACAUCUCUCGUUGAAUGGCCAAACAGGGUUCCUUUCCUAAGACUUUGUUGAGCAGCUGCUGUCGUGCUACAAAGUGGUUCUCACCUUGGGAUCCUGAGCAUGCUUUCUGCAAGUCCCAGAAUCUCUGACCAUUGAUCAUGCUCACUGGGGCUUCCAGGAGCUUAAACCCAGCACAAUUUAGGUUCUGGAAUUAUUGCAAAGGGCCAUCCUUCUGUGCUUUUGGUUUACAUGCAAGGAUGUUACUGCUGUGUUGAUCUAGCAUAUGUGGCUCAUUUUUUUUUUUCAAGCUAUAGUGAGCCUUCCCAACUCAAGUAGAAAAGAAAAUUCAGGUACAGUAUAAACUGGGUUCACUUUGUCUCUCUGGCUAUCUUGAAUUGGGUUUGAAGUGAACAUUGGUUUGGUGCCAUAAUCGGCGCCUUAGGCAUCUGAAACAUGGCUCGCUGUAUGUAUUUGCUCACAAGAUUGAGUCAGUGAACAGUGGACCCAGAGGCUCUGGAGAGAUGCCAAUAACAGUACUGGAGACCUUUCCAGGAAAACAACUUGUUUUUUGCCACACUGCUUGCUACUUCCUUCCAAAGUUGCCUGUCUACCACAUAACAGGUAUAGACCAUUAUGAAGACCACAUUAUCAUGAAACCGGGUUUCAUCACCAUGUUUUUCAGGUCAGCACCCAUUCUUCAUGGUGUAUUGGCUAACAAUUUACAUGUUGGCAGCUUAUCACAUCUCAAUGGAUCUCUGCAAUUGCUAUAUCCCUAUUAGCAUCUGGUACAGUUUCAAUGACUGGGUAUUUAUGGUAAGGUUCCAGUGGAUGAGUUCCUUUGUUCAGAAUGUAUUUCAAUUCAAGAUAGACACGAAAUUUAAAGCAGCAGAUGGGGAAUCUUUCAGACUUCAACUCUCAGAGUCCCAAGCCAGCAUGGCCAAACUAUGGUGGGCUUGUCCAAAACAUGUGAAAGGCCAAAGGUUCCCCAGUUCUUCCUUUAAGGGGUUGUCACUAUUCUUUUGAACCUCUGGAUUUCAGUGGGUCUUCCAUACUGAUGUACCUGCCAUGAUACUCCUCUCCAUUGCAGUAAAUUCUGGUCCAUAUGCUUAGGAUAAAUGUCCAAGCACAUUGGGCUUUGUUGCUGGAAUACUUUGUAUCUUGAACAUAUUUCAGUAUAUUUUCUAGAUCACCCUAUCUACUAGUGUGUAUUGUUUCAUUUGAGGCUGCUACAGCCAUCUAACUCUACUGCUUGACAUAUGAGCAGCAGGGCAAAUACUGAAGUAAGUAGACAGCAAAUCCUAAUAUUGAAGCUGGAACAGAGCAAUGGAUGCAACUAGAUUAGGGGAUGUAGGAUGUACAGUCUUCCAAAUGUUGUUGGUCAUUAACUCCCAUCAUAAUAAAGUGUUUCCUCUGAUUAAAUCA